UGUGUGUGUUUCUGGUUGGCCACUGCUGGUAGCGGGGUGCUGGGCUCCGUCUGCCUCGAUCUGGCAUAUGCUUAGCAUCAAAGUCCCACUGAAACCGAAGGGGCUGGGUUAGUCUUGAUGGAAGGGAAACCAUAAUUGCUUUCGUCAGGACCUGCUGUGUCUGACUUCAGCUGGAUCAGCGCCAACGUGCAUUGAAAGUAAAUCUAGUGGUGUGCCAAACUUAUCUCUACAAAGACAUUCACAUGCUUCUAGAUAUACUUGAAUUACAUGGAAAUGGGCAUUCUCUGUCGCAAGGGCCUUGACAGCCACGUGGACGUUCACAUGGCCGCAGCCAACUCGACUCCCCCCGGCUCUCUGGACGUCAACCAGCCGGGGUUUCCAAAGGAGAUUCUGGGGUCCCAACUGGAGAUCAAAUACCUGUGCUCAGAGUGCAAGAAUAUUCUGAGGCGUCCGUUCCAGGCCCAAUGUGGGCACCGCUACUGCUCCUGCUGCCUGAAGAAAAUAAUACGCUCGGGGCCUCAGAAGUGCGCAGCCUGUAUCCAGGAAGGGAUAUACGAACCAGGGGUUUCCAUCUUGGAAAGCAACUCGACGUUCCCAGACAAUGCAGCCCGACGGGAAGUGGAGAGUCUUCUGGCGAUCUGUGUCAAUGAGGGUUGCACGUGGAAAGGGACGAUCAAAGAAUAUGAGAGCUGCCACGAGGCCAGCUGCCCCUUCAUGCUAGUGGCCUGCCCCGCGUGCCAGGCGAUGGUCAGACUGAAUGAGAAGGAGCACCACGCGGAGCGGGAGUGUCCCAAGAGGAGCCUCAACUGCAAAUACUGCAAAGUCCUUUGCUACUUCCCUGACAUCAAGGCUCAUGACGAGGUGUGCCCAAAGUUUCCUCUCACCUGUGAUGGCUGCGGAAAGAAGAAGAUCCCGAGAGAGAAGUUUCAAGACCACGUCAAGACCUGUAGCAAAUGCAAAGCACCCUGCCGGUUCCAGCCCAUCGGCUGCCCUGAGGUGGUGGAGAACGAGAAGCUCCCCGAGCACGAAAGCAAGCGCCUAGGGGAGCACCUGUACAUGCUGCUGAGCUUUGUGCUCAGCCUCGGGCCCGAGUCGGACAAGCUGCAGCCCCUGCCGGGCCUCCCGUCGGCCGAGUCCGGCUCCGGCCUGCUGGGUGGCAACCCUCUGCUCUCCGAGUCGGAGCUCUCCGGCUCCUUGCAGCUGCUGGGCAAGUGCGAGGCCCUGGAGAGGAAGACCGUCACCUUCGAGAACAUCGUCUGCGUGCUGAACCGCGAGGUGGAGCGGGUGUCGCUGGCCGCAGAGGCCUGCCACCGGCAGCUGCAGCUGGACCAGGAGAAGAUGGAGGUGCUCAGCAGUAAGGUCCGGCAGCUGGAGAGGAGCAUUGCGCUGAAGGACUUGGCCCUGGCUGAGAUGGAGCGCACCAUCCAGGAGAUGGAGGCCUCCUCCUAUGAUGGCGUCUUCAUCUGGAAGAUCACCGACUUUGCCCGGAAGCGCCAGGAGGCGAUCGCUGGCCGCUCGCCUGCCGUCUUCUCUCCAGCCUUCUACACAAGCAAAUACGGCUACAAGAUGUGCCUGCGCAUCUACCUCAACGGGGACGGCACGGGGCGGGGCACCCACCUCUCCCUGUUCUUCGUGGUGAUGAAAGGACCCAGCGAUGCCCUCCUGCGGUGGCCUUUCAACCAGAAGGUCACCCUGAUGCUUCUGGACCAAAACAACCGGGAGCACGUGAUCGAUGCCUUCCGCCCCGACGUGACGUCCUCGUCCUUCCAGCGGCCCGUCAGUGACAUGAACAUUGCCAGUGGCUGCCCACUUUUCUGCCCCAUCAACAAGAUGGAGAGCAAGAACUCUUACAUCCGGGACGACACCAUCUUCAUCAAAGCCAUCGUGGACCUCACGGGCCUCUGAGGCCUCCUUCCCCCCCCCACCCGGAUCUCAGAGCAGAGCACAGACCCCCCACCCGAGGUGGGGCUGCGAUCCUCUGGGCACCCCUCCUCCCGGGGGAGGGGUGUGGGGAAGGCGAGACGAGCUGCCCCAGGAGGAAAGGCCUGAGGACCUCCCGACGGCCCACCCGACACUCCUUUGGGCCUUGGAGAAUGGCAUUAGUUUAUAGCGAAAUGUGUCCGAGGCGGAUUCGGCUGCGGAAACCGCGGGGUGCCCUUGAACUUCCCCCCCCCCAAAGGGGGCAGGCUGAUCGCUGCUGCUGCUGCUGCUGGUGCACUUCCCAACACGAGAAAGUCCUGGUGUCUUUUUGCAACGGAGCUCUGUGGUUUUCUGCUGCUGGCUAGGUUGCUCUUGGAGCGGGGUGGGUGCUGCCGAGGCGUGGCUGGGUGGAAGUGGCCUCAGCCACAGAGGAGGACGGCGCCAUGGAUGGAGGACCAGUGGGGAGGCAGGGGGGCAUCUCCCCGAGGCCCCGGUGAAGGUGGAUGUCUCGCUCUGCCUCCGAGCGGAGGAGCCCAGGUGAGGAUUGGUCUUGGGCGAGGGCCAAGCCUGCCUGUUCUCAGCCCCCUAAAAGCGGCGGCCAGAGUGGACCCCGGCUGCUCCUUGCUCUCCGGAAGAGAGCAGGGCUGAGAAUAGAAUUGGGCCGCUGCGGCAGAAGACACCUGUGCCACCGAGGUGCCUCUGGGUCGCUCCUUGCCAGGGAAUGCAAGCUGGGUGGGAGGGAGAGAUUUCCUGGCUCUAUUUUAAGGCUUUUUUAAUUUAUAGGCUUCUCCGUCCCAGAGGUCCUGGGUGCCUAGCGUUGGGCGUAAAACCCCCAUCAUGACCUAAUAAAAUUGAACCAAGUGGCAA